AUGGAACCUUUAUUGCGUUGUGGAACCCUUCCAAUAAAAGACCUGUGCACCACCUUCUGUACUAACUGUCUCCAGCUUUAUUCGCGAUGUAUCUAUUCACGUAGAAGUAUCAUGUCCCAGGCACAACCAGCGUCUAUAGAUUUCGAGAAGAUCAGAAAUGAGUCCGACGGCUCUAUAAAGGGAUUGCUUGGGCUGGCAUUCAAUGAGGUGGUGGCCAAUAAUCCGUAUUUUGCUGCGGGUGGUGGCUUAAUGCUACUUGGAACUGGUCUUGCUUUGGCUCGUCAAGGUAUAGUCAAGUCCUCUGGCUUCAUUUAUCGCCAGCUCCUUGUUGAUUUGGAGAUACCUUCGAAGGACAAACUGUACCUCUGGUUUUUGGAAUGGAUGUCUCAGUACAAGCAAAGAAGCUCGAGACAUUUGUCCGUAGAGACAAACUAUGUUCAGCAUGAUAAUGGGGCAGUCUCCACACGGUUUUCUUUAGUGCCAGGCCCAGGAAAACACUUGAUAAAAUACAAAAAUGCAUACAUGUUGGUGAACAGAGAAAGAUCCGGUCGGUUGUUGGACAUGACCAAUGGAACUCCUUUCGAAACGGUGACGCUUACAACCUUAUACAGCGACAGACAUUUAUUUCUGGAUCUUCUUGCAGAGGCAAAACAGAUGGCUCUAAAGGCACAGGAGGGGAAAACCGUCUUGUAUACGUCAUGGGGCCCGGAGUGGCGUCCAUUUGGUAACCCUAGGAGAAAGAGAAUGUUAGGCUCCGUGAUUUUGGACGAAGGUAUUAGUGAACUCAUAUUGAAAGAUGUUAAGGACUUUUUGCAAAGUGGCGAGUGGUACCACAAACGUGGAAUUCCUUACCGCAGAGGCUACUUAUUGUAUGGACCACCAGGAAGCGGCAAAACGUCGUAUAUCCAAGCACUAGCUGGAGAGUUAGACUAUAAUAUUUGCAUCUUGAACUUGUCUGAAAACAAUCUUACCGAUGACCGACUUAACCAUUUGAUGAACCACAUCCCCAAGAGAUCUAUAUUGUUGCUAGAAGACAUUGAUGCUGCAUUUAACAAGAGAGAACAAGCUGGCGAAUACCAAAGUGGAGUGACAUUUUCGGGUCUUUUAAAUGCCUUGGAUGGUGUUGCAAGUGCGGAAGAAAGUAUUACAUUCAUGACUACUAACCAUCCUGAAAGAUUAGAUCCAGCGUUGUUGAGACCAGGACGCAUAGAUUUCAAAGUUAUGGUCAAUAAUGCAACAGAAUCUCAAGUGCGCAGAAUGUUUUUGAGAUUCUAUGAAACGGAGACUGAACUUUGCGAAACUUUCAUUUCAAAAUUCAAAGAGCUCGGCUUACUUGGAAAAGUGAGCACCGCACAGCUUCAAGGCUUGUUUGUUUUCAACAAAAAAUCACCUCAAGGCGCUUUGGAUAUGGUAGAAACGUUGAAAAAUCCACAAACCACAUUUUAG